AUGACAAUAUCCAUUUCUUGUUUAUGGUGUCGUCGACGAUUACGCUCCUUUUUUAGUACCUAUCUUAUUGAAAUUAUUUAUUCCUUACAAACUCUUUAUGGUUGUUUAGCUUACACAAUUGGACAAUAUAUCUAUGAUUAUUAUUUACAUUCUCAUAUUCCACUAUCGUCCGAUAAUAUUUCAACUAAUUUUACACUUAUAACUACAUUAUCAUCGAGUCAAUUACACAAACAAUGUCCUCAAACUGAAUAUUCGGCGAUUCAACAAGAAUUUGCACAGAAAAAAUCGUCAAAUUUAUUUUUCUGGCAAAAUUUGCUCAGUAGUCCAGUGACUAUUAUAAUGACGUAUCUACUUGGUUUAUACACAAACCAAUUAGGUAGAAAGUUUGUGUUGACAUUGACCAUGGUUGGUAAUUGUAUUCAAUAUUCCAUUUGGUUAUUAAUUAUUUAUUUUCAUUUGUCUGACACUUAUUAUCAUGUGGCAGCUGUAUUAGCAAGUCUUACUGGAGGCGGUAACGUAAGUGGAUUUAUUUUAAAUUUAUGGAUAGUUGAAUCAACUGUCGAAAGUAAACGUUCAUCUCGAUUUGUUCAAUUGGGAGCAUUAUCAACAAUUGCCUCAGCUAUUGCGAGUGUUACUAGUGGCUAUUGGAUUGAAUAUAGAGGUUAUACAGAUAUGUAUUGGACAGCAUUAUUCUUACAAUUAUUGUGUAUUGGAAUUAUUAUUCUCUUUAUGAAACCCAAAUCAUCAACAGUUACUUCUCACACUACAUCAACAUCUCAUCAAAAACUGUCAGAUAUUAUCACUGUAUUUUAUCCAAAAAGAAGAACACGAAAGAAAUCGUUAAUUUUAUUAUUAACAUUAUUUGCAUACAUAUUUCAUGUUAUUGCGAAUCUUUCAUUUGGUGUACCAUUUUUGUGGUAUCAAUUGAAUUAUCCAUUUUGUUGGUCUUCAAGACAGAUCGGUUACUAUAAUACAACUCAGUCUGUGAUAUGGUCCGUAUUAAGUGUUGUCGGAAUCGAAUUAUUUACCAUGUUAAAAUGGCACGAUUCUUCAAUCUGUUGUAUUAGUCAUCUAUGUUUUAUUAUUAGUGCUCUAUGGACAUCCUAUGCAAAAUAUGAUUGGCACCUGUAUAUAGGAUUGUUUAUUAGUCCAUUCACAUUAUAUCAAGGUACAAUAAUUUACACAUUAAUAUCUAAAGUUCUCGAACCAAACGAGAUCAAUGACGCGUAUACAUUCAUUACAGAAACCAGUACAAUUUUGAAUGCAUUUGGAAAUUCAUUUUUCAAUUAUUUAUAUUCUAUAACAGUGACUUAUUCUCGAGUGUUUACGUUGUAUGUGGCAGCUAUAGUUGCAAUUAUUCCAUUUCUAUUAAAUGUUUGUUUAUUUUUUGUAACGAAAAAUAUACCAGAUGAAUUAGAUGAUAAAGUGACAGAGCGUAAACCAUUAUUAUUACCCGACAAUCCAUUACAAGCACCAGAUGUUACGCUAUUUGUUAAACCGGUGAGUGGACCAAGAAGAAAUCAACGAUAA